AUGGAUCCAAGUUAUAUUGAGAGGGACAAGAGAGUGAAUCUAGUCUCAUUUGCAGGAGCAUCGACUUUCUAUGAGGCUAAAAAUUGGCUCAAGAUGACUGAAAAGUCUUUUAGAGUUUUGGGGAUGACUAAUGAACAAAAGGUUAUCCUCGCCACCUUUAUGCUUAAGGGAGAAGCAGAGUACUGGUGGGAAGUUAACCAGACUACUCUACCCACACCCAUCACAUGGGAACAUUUCUUGGAGGUGUUUAAUGCCAAAUACUUCCUCGACCACAUUCAUCAUCAAAAGGAGGUAGAGUUUGCCCAGCUUACCCAAGAAAGCCUCUCAGUCACUGAUUAUGCUAGAAGAUUCACAAAGCUUAGCUGCUACUCUCCCGAGAUUAUAUAUAAUGAAAGGAAGAUGGCUCAAAGAUUUCAGUGGGGUCUCCAUCCAAAGAUUAGGAACCCCUUGGUAGUGCUUGAGCUUCGUACUUAUCAGUAG